AUGCACCUCCUUCGUUUCCUGUUCACCGGCCUGCAGACCGCGACCAUGGCUGCUGCAGCUUGUGUCGGUGCGCGAUCUGUCGCUGACGAUCUGCAGAGCUUGGCACCGGCCUCGUCCGUCGCUGUCCAGGUACGGCAACGAUGGAGUGAGGUUGACGCGCCUGUAGCAACUGUCGUUUUCAAUGCGACCAGCGAGAACGAUGUUAGUGCAGUGGUCAAGUACUGCGUGAAGAAGAACAUCCGCUUCGUCGCCCAGAAUGGCGGAAAUGGCUGGGCAACAGGCCAGUUCGACCUGGGCAGCACGGGCGUGCUCAUCAACCUGGCCGGACUGAACCAGGUCAACGUCAGCGCCGACAAGACGACGGCCACGAUCGGCGGCGGCGCCCUCAUCAGCGACGUCACCGCGGCCGCCGACGCCGCCGGCGUCCUGGUCCAGACGGGCAACUGCAACUGCGUCGGCGCCCUGGGAGCAGCCCUCGGCGGCGGCUAUGGCAACCUCCUCGGGGAGCACGGGUUCGCCGUCGACAACACCCUGGAGCUGAGGGUCAUCACCGCCAGCGGGGAGGCGCUCACGGCCUCGGCCACGUCGAACCCGGACCUCUUCUGGGCCCUGCGCGGCGCCGGGCCUAACUUUGGCAUCGUCACCUCCGCCAAGGUGAGCGCGUUCCCGACCGACGACCGCACCUCCCUCAUUGUCAACUUCACCUUCGACCCGGCCAAGAUCACCGCCGUCGCCCAGGCCAUCCAGGACCUGCCCCUCCUCCCGCAGCAGGUCGUCUACCUGGUCCUGUCAAACUCGGCCGACGGGACCAACACGCCCACUGUGGUCGUCACGGGCUUCCUCCGCGGCGGCACGGUCGAGAGCGGGCGGACCGCCUACGCGCCGCUGUACGACAUCGGGCCCCUCACAAACUCGAGCGUCGUGACCCCCUACCAGCAGUGGAACGCGGCCAACGACGGCUUCUGCACCCGGGGAGGGCGCAAGCCCGCCCACAGCACCACCAUCAACAACAUGAAGCCCGAGACGUGGCCGCAGAUCUGGGACCUGUACAAGGGGUUCCAGGGGCAGGCGGGCGCCGCGAACUCGGCCGUCCUGGUCGAGCGGUACAACCUGACGAAAGCACAAUCCGCGCCGGCGGGCUCGUCGGCGUUCGCGGAGGAGAAGCGCCGCGAGGCGUUCGCCCAGGCUGUCGUCAUCCCCUGGUACGAGGACGCGGCGCUCGACGCGCAGGCCGAGGCGUUUGGGGCGCAGGCCAGGGAUAUCUGGAGUUCCUCGUCGAGCGCGGCCGCGAACCCCACGUACAUCAACUUUGCCCACGGCGAUGAGGAGCUGCGGGCCAUCUACGGCUCCAGCCUGGACCGCCUGAGGACGCUGAAGCAGCAGUUCGACCCUUCUGGAGUGUUUAACCAGUGGUUUCCGAUCAAGUAA